AUGCCAGCCAAUCGGGCACAAGCCGUUUUCGAGCCCAUCCCGCCGGAUAUCGACGUACCUGCUCUGGUCGAGGCUACACCCAAUUUCGAGUUUGUCGUCAGGAUCAACUGGGCUGCAAUAGAGGAACAGGGGCUUGACAACUUUGAGAGACUUGUUCGUCUCCAUGUCGUGAUUGGUGGUAAGCCGCUAGUCGUGGAGGGCUACGAUGCCAUCUUAGAGAAAUGGAUAUUUUCUGAGCGGUGGCUAAGAGAUAAUUAUGCAACGAAAACGGAGAAUGCUAGAAACCUCGGCACGAAGACAAACCUCCCUUUAACUAUCGGCCAUUAUCUGAGUAAUAUGCAAAUGUUGACUGAACAAUGGAACCUUUCUAGCUUCGCCGACCCAAAUCGCCAGCGAAUCUAUUUGAAAGAUAUCGACUGUCCACCCGUCUGGUACGAGAAAUUAAAAGAAAUCGUCCCGCCUUUUCUAUCCUACCUGAACGAAUCUACAUAUGAUACAAGAGAACCAUUAGACUCAAAUCCCCUCGGCUUCAGUUCUACAACCGGGCCAGGCAUCGCCAGAGCGGGGGAUCUCAUGAGCAGUCUCCCACCUGACAUGAGGGCUGAAAAUCUUAUGUGCUAUAUAGGUCACGAAGGCACUUACACUCCCUGUCAUCAAGAGAUGUGUGGUACUCUUGGCCAUAAUAUCAUGGUUGAAGCGUCUACCGGCGGCUUUGAGCACGGCAAGCGUACGAAACCUGGCUCUGCAAUUUGGUUCAUGACCGAAACUGAAGAUCGCCACUUGGUGUCCGAGUAUUGGUCAUCUCUUCUAGGUCAUGAUAUUGACUUGGAAGACCAUUUUGCCCAAAUUCGUGCGUGGGAAGCUGCUCCAUUCAAGACAUAUGUGGUGGAGCAAAAAGUGGGCGAUUUUAUCCUCAUUCCACCUCUCGCCCCUCAUCAAGUUUGGAAUCGAGGAACGAGAACGAUGAAGGUUGCUUGGAAUCGUACCACCGUCGACACACUAGAAUGGGCCUUGAACGAGGCCCUUCCUCGUGCCAAGACAGUUUGUCGAGACGAACAGUACAAGAACAAGGCGAUCAUUUACUUUACCCUUCAGAGGUACUCGAAACUUCUUUCUGCUGCUGACGAAAACCGUAUUGAUGGUCUUAAGAUUCGCCAACUGCGGAAGGACUUUCGAAAACUCUUUAACCUGUUUACGCAGGUGCUCAUAUCCGAAACCUUUGACGACAAGAUCCCACAGAAGAAAGCAGUAGAGUAUUUGCCGUUCGACAGCAACGUAACCUGCUCUUAUUGCCGGUGCAACAUUUUCAACCGCUUUCUAACUUGUCCUCACUGCGUCGGAAAUUUUGUGAAUGGAGACGAGGAUUGUUACGAUAUCUGUAUGGAAUGCUACGCAAGAGGUCGAAGCUGCGCAUGUAUAUCGAAUCUCAAGUGGGUAGAACAGUUCCCAUGGUCCGAGCUGACUGAGAAUCACGAGCGGUGGUGGAGCCAAAUUCUUGCAUUUUCCAAUCAGGACAAGCGCGAGGAAAAGGACCGACGCACAGCUCUUGAGGCUGAAUUGCGUGGCCUCGGGCAUAGAACUCUGGCUGCUAUUUGUCAGUCGGAGCUGAGACGACGACCAUGGGUUGAUAUAACGAAACCCCAACCUGAUCCCAUUGAUGAUGAUGUUGAAAACGAGGAAGAUGACGAGCGAACGGCAAAGCGCAAAAAAAUCCAGCGAAUGGAAAAGUUGACCAAAGAUCACGGAAGAUGCCAUAUAUGCAAGACUCUUGAGCCGAAUUGGAAGCUCGCAUUAUGCGGACAUUGCGGAUCCAACUAUUGCUAUGGGAGUCUUUUCAGGGCUUUUGAAAUGAUGCCUCAGUCAAUCAUGGAAACCAUGCGUUGGAAAUGCCCAAAGUGUAAUAAAAUUUGCAGCUGUGGCGCUUGCCGUCGAAAGACCACGACCAAACCUUACGAACCAAAAGGAUUACUACUUGGCCAUGACACUAGAAAAGUAGCAGAUGCUCGAAGUGUCGAAGCUUUGGUCAACUUUAGCCAUUCGAACAUUGGGUGGCUGAAGAAAGCCGGCGAUGGAUCGGAUUCCACUCGACGACUACAAAGACACCAAGAAGAAGCAGAAAUGGCCAAGAUACGCGGUGCGAUGGCUGGCGAAGAGGACGAUGGCAUUGAACACGCAAAUUACCAAGGACUUGAUUCACAGGCCAAUGUUUAUGAUGGAAUCCCCAUUGAUCCAGCGUUGGAUGCAAUGGCCGGUCAGGCACUUAACAAUGUUCCUUCCGACCACUUGCCUCAAGUUGGCAACCAGCCCCAGCAGUUGCAAGCCGAAAAUGCUAUGCCCAGAUUUUUCGAGGAUGCUUCUGGUAUCAGAUUCGAAAUACCUGUCGAUAACCCGCUGCCAUCUAAUGUACCACCGCAAGAAGGUAUGAGUGGUGUGGAGGCGGCUCCAGGAUUGCCUCUCCCAAUGAAUCAUAUGAAUAAUAACGCCUCUGGAAGUGGCCUUGGAUCUGUCAAUAACAGACCACCAACCUCUGGAUCUUUCCAGAAUGGCCAAAACAGGCUGCUCGUCCGAUUGAAAGUUGGGCGGGAUCGGAUUGGAACCCUGUUCAACCGAAACGGAGAUACAACCGGGGCACAUCGACCUUUGCCGGUAUCACAUGGCCCAAUCAUCAUAGAAUCCGACGUUGCAUUUCACAAUCAUUCAGCUCCACCGGCAUGGGAUCAGCAGCCAAAGACCAAAAGGCGUCGUGGCGAUAACGACAGGGACUAUAGAAACCGGAAAACGCCAAAACCGCGUACGUCGGAUCGUUUAGAAAAACCCAGACGGGGCGGGAGAGUGAAUUACUUUGAGGAGACUUCAGAUCUGUCCGAUAACGCGUGA